AUCAAAACAAUUUUUUAUUGUCGCUUCAAUUUAAUUUGAAAUGUAAAAAAUAAAAAUGGAAACAUACUAAAUAUUCAAUAAUAAAAUAUAAAAAUGGAAAGAUCUCAAAAAUUGUUGGGCAUAAAUUGCAAGUCCAAAUUGAUUUCGAAGACUCCGGCUCAAGAUAGAUUAAAAGCAUUGCAAAAGCGGCUACAAUCAGAUAUAAAAAAUUCUCAAUUAUGUGAUAAAACAAUUGAAAAGUUUACAGAAAAUAAACGCGAUAAUCUAAUAGAAGGGAACGAAAAAACUAAUGUAGAUGACAUUAUUGCCUGUGGCAACGUUGUUGACAAAAAUGAAAUAAUCGAGUCCAAGAAAGAUCCUCAAACAAAAUUUAAUCACUCUUCUUUUGAGCAGAAAACAGUGCCUAAGAAAUUAAAGAAUCAAGUCUCAGGGCGAAUUAAAACUUCACUCCAAAACAGACUUGAAUUUUUUCAGAGGAAAACUGAAACCUGUUCUUCAGAUAAAAAUAAUAAAUUUGACAAAGGAAAUGAACCUUCACAUAAUUUUCUUAUUUCGAAGAACUUAAUCCCUGAUCAAAAUGUUAAUUCAGAAAACCCAACCCAAACUAAAGUCGAUUCUAAAGAGCCUUCAAUAUUGAAUAAAAUUAAGUCUGUAUGGAAAACUGUUAAAAAUGCGUUGGAUACAGACAAAAAUGUAUAUGCAAUUAAUAGUGAGAAAAAUGAUUCUAAAGGGAAAGUAAGCAAAAAAAUUGCAGAAAGCUGUAUAUCUUCGUCCUCAGAUACGCCAAAGAAAACUCAAAAAUUAGAUAGUUAUAAAAAAAUUUCUGAAAACGAAACUAAAGUACUAUUCAAUUGUAUCGAAAACCAAGAAUCUCUAAAGAAAGGAACAACAUCUUCAGAAAUUGGACGUGGACUUGAUAUAUUUGAUUAUGAUUACUCAACAAAUAACAAAAAACAAGGAAUACAGAAAAGAAAAAAUUAUGAGGAAUCAAGAACAAUUGAAACUAGUAAUAAAAAACUAAAAUUAAAUAAUGAGACUAAAACAAAUAAAAACAUAUCUCACCCUAAUGUACAACUUUUUAAUUAUAAAAAUAUUUAUUCGGACUGUUCCACAAGUUCAACAGUAGUUAAAUCAUCUAAGAGUAAUAUAAUCAAAACCCCGUUAACGCCAGUACCUGGAAAAAAAUUUUCAGCAAACGAAAGAUUGCAACGUUUAAGAGAACAAAUCAAUAACAGUCAGACUUCAAAUGAAAUAGAAGAGAAAACUUCAGAAUAUAAAAUGAAUAUACAAACGAAUAUUAAUCCAAACAUUGGGCCAUUUAAAGACGACUCUAAUUCAAAUGAUUCAGAUAAAAUUUUAGAAAAACAUGACAUUGUAAAUAAUAAUUUAAUAAAUUUAGUUAGACAUCAAAAUAAUCAAUUCAGUAAUUUUAAAAAGGAUUAUUUAUAUAUUGUACCCGAUACAAAUGUUUUUCUAGAUAAUUUAACAUUUUUAUCUGAUUUAAUCAAAUCAAAAUUAUGUGAUACAAAAGGUUCAAUUCUAUAUAUACCAUAUAUAGUAUUACAAGAAUUAGAUAAAUUAAAAAUGCAAACGGAACGUUCAAUAUGUGUUCGCGCAGCUCGUGCCAUAAAAUACUUAAAUGAAAAUCUUUCAAUAAAAAAUCCACAUUUUAUUGGACAAAGUGCUAAUGAAUCAAGAAAAAUUCUUGAUAUUGAUAUUGAAAAUCCUGAUGAUCACAUAAUUAAUUGCUGUUUACAAUUAAAAUCUUAUAAUCUCAAUUAUAUCUUAUUAAGUAAUGAUAUUAAUUUGAGAAAUAAAGCAAUAUGUAAUCAGAUAAUUUGUUCAAGUAAAGAUGAUUUAGAAUCAAAUGAAAAUUUAAGUAAUCCUUCUUCAUAUACUUCAAAAAUAAAAUUUAUUUAAAUUGUUAUUUUCUAACUGAAUACAAAUUUAAUUUUGUUUCAUAAAUGAAUUACAUACAUACAUUAUUAAUUUUUAAUUUAAAUUUGUUGUUUUGAAAAGAUUUUUAUGUUUUUCAUACCAUAUAUGUUUGUGUUUUUUUAUGUUUUGUACAAAACAUAUUGGUACUGAUGAUUUUUAGAAUUUAAUUUAUGUUUAUUUAUAUUUAUAUCAUAACAAAAGAAAACUAUUGUAUUAUUUCAUAUUCCGGUAUUUGAAUCGGAACGACGAUACUAAGAAAUUUAAACGUAUAUAUUUGAUGUUUAGUUUUAAGAAAUUGCAUUUCGCAAAUAAACUUAAGCAGCUAUUCAUCAUUCCGGAAGAAAAUUUCAUAAUUUUUAAUUUGA